GGCAGGCCCCAUCCCCUCGGCCUCCGAGGCCCUGCUCGGGCAGGCCCCAUCCCCUCGGCCUCCGAGGCCCUGCUCCGGCAGGCCCGGCCGGCCCGCCUCCGAAACCCGCCUCCGGAAAGCCCCGCCCAUCCGAGGCCCCGCCCACAGGAACACAGGCUUCCGACCGCCCCUGAGGCUCCGCCUCUCAGUCCCCAGCAGACUCAGUCCCUUGCGGACUCUCGCUGAAGUCCCGCCCUGCGCCUGAGUCUCCGCGCUGCCGCGUCUCCUCCCUCGCUGACCGACACCCUCUAUGUCCCGGUCAUCUGGGACAUGCUGCCUGAUUGUUUGUCGGCCGAGGGCGAGCGGCGCUGCCGGCAGCUGCUAGCGGGCACCACUGCCCGGCUACGCUCGCGGCCUGCGGCGGCCGCGGUGCUCGUGCCGCUGUGCCUGGUGCGCGGUGUCCCGGCGCUGCUCUACACGCUGCGCUCCAGACGCCUGGUCGGGAAGCACAAGGGGGAAGUCAGUUUCCCCGGCGGUAAGUGUGAUCCCGACGACCAGGAUGUAAUACAGACGGCCCUUCGGGAGACCCAAGAAGAACUGGGCCUAGAGGUGCCCAAGGAGCACGUGUGGGGUGCCCUGCAACCUGUGUAUGACCGGGGAAAGGCCACCAUAGUCCCUGUGCUUGCCAAUGUGGGCCCGUUGGAUCUGCAGAGCCUCAGGCCCAACCCUGAGGAGGUGGAUGAGGUAUUUGAGCUGUCUCUGGCCCAUCUGCUGCAGACUCAGAACCAGGGGUAUACCCACUUCUGCCAGGGUGGCCACUUCCGCUACACAAUGCCUGUCUUCUUGCAUGGACCACACCGUGUCUGGGGCCUUACAGCUGUCAUCACUGAGUUCACCCUGAAGUUGCUGGCCCCUGGCAUCUACCAGCCCUGCCUAGUUGUCCCAGAGCUGCCUAGGAGUUGAGGUCUGGCCUUUUAAGUGCCUCUGCCUUCAUUUGGGCAGGCGACUCCAGAGCCGAUUAAAAGAGUCCUUGACAACUUU